AUGGCCUUGUCUACAACUUUCACACAGUCCCCGCAAUGCACCGGCUUGAUCACUCAGAUGGCUUACCACGGAACAAAUCUCUGGGAAAAUGCAAUCAACCCUGUCCCCACUUCCACUAUCACAACUUGCUACCCGAGCCAGUUCUAUUCCAGCGUCAUGGCGGAGCUCAACUCGGUCAGUCUUCCGGCAUUCAGUACUCUUGUCUGCCCAAGCGGCUGGACCGCCAACAUGUGGAAUGCAACCUAUGGUGCAUGCUGCCCCCGUAGCUUUGGAGUCUAUGCUCCCUUUCUCACCGACUAUCCCGAAAGGCCGCUCUACUAUGCUGCUUGUACCUCUAUGAUGCCCGCCAACCAGGUUUACGAGUUGAUUUCGUAUGAUUCCACCGCUUAUCUCACCACCAUCGAGACCACGGCGCCCUCAACCGGCACUUUCGUCCGCGUCAAUGCCUUUGAGGGAAUGAUAACUGGAAUUCCUACCAGCGCCACUACCAGUAGUAGUGUAAUACCGAGCUCGUCCACCACUCCAUGCGCUACCCCGGCUGCCACAGUCUCGGUGACGUUCCAGAUCAAGUACGCCAUCUCAAGUGAUUACGAUUACGAGCUCAUCAGCAUUGUCGGAUCCACGGACGAGCUGGGAAACUGGAACGUGACCAAUGGUUUGGCCAUGUCUGCGGCCUUUUACACGUUAAGCAAUCCGGUGUGGGAUCUGACUGUGCCGUUCAAUGCCAGUGACAAAAUCGAAUAUCAAUAUGUGCACUCAUACAGCAACGGAACAUAUAUCACGACCUUGGAUCCACACUACAAUCUCACAAUUUCUAACGGGUGCCCGUCGACUCAGACUGUCACAGACGUGUGGAGAUAG